GCCGCUGAAUGCGAGCUUAACUGCCAGCUUUAGCAGCGGUUCUAUCUGGAUCCUCCGCGCACAAACUACAACAAUUACUGAUAAUUACUGAAGACCUUUUCUUCUUUUGGAAGACAGUUCUUCACCAUGGGCGACAAGAAAAGCCCUACCAGGCCAAAAAGACAAGCUAAACCAAGUGCUGACGACGGAUAUUGGGACUGUAGCGUCUGCACCUUCAAGAACAGUGCAGAGGCUUUUAAAUGCAGCAUAUGCGAUGUGAGGAAGGGCACAUCCACAAGGAAACCCAGGAUCAACUCCCAGCUGGUGGCCCAGCAGGUGGCUCAGCAGUACGCGAUGCCUCCCCCGCCCAAGAAGGAGAGGAAGGAGAGGCCUGAGAUGGAGCACGGCCCGGACGGGGAGCUCUUGGACGGGGAGGGGGAGCACCCUGAGGGAGAGCUUCCGGAGAGAGUGAGGCCAGAAGGAGAAGAAGGAGAAGUAGAACCUCCCCUGGAUAAAGACCAGAGGGGGAAGGAGAAGCCAGACAAGGACCAAGCAGAGAAGCCAGAGAAAGAGGAGGAGAAAGAAAUAGGGAAAGAGAUCAGCCCAGCCAGGCCCAUCGCUAAGAAACCCAGCAUCAAAGACAUCAGCCCAGCCAGGCCCAUCGCUAAGAAACCCAGCAUCAAAGACAUCAGCCCAGCCAGGCCCAUCGCUAAGAAACCCAGCAACAAAGACAUCAGCCCAGCCAGGCCCAUCACUAAGAAACCCAGCAUCAAAGACAUCAGCCCAGCCAGGCCCAUCGCCAAGAAACCCAGCAUCAAAGAGAUCAGCCCAGCCAGGCCCAUCGCUAAGAAACCCAGCAUCAAAGACAUCAGCCCAGCCAGGCCCAUCGCCAAGAAACCCAGUAUUAAAGAGAUCAGCCCAGCCAGUCCCAUCGCUAAGAAACCCAGUAUCAAAGAGAUCAGCCCAGCCAGGCCCAUCGCCAAGAAACCCAGCAUCAAAGAGAUCAGCCCAGCCAGGCCCAUUGCCAAGAAACCCAGCAUCAAAGAGAUCAGCCCAGCCAGGCCCAUUGCCAAGAAACCCAGCAUCAAAGAGAUCAGCCCAGCCAGGCCCAUUGCUAAGAAACCAAGCAUCAAAAAGAUCAGACCCAAGACAGACAUUCAUCAGAGUCCACCCAGCAUACAGUCUGGGGAGUCAACAACCAAGACCAACAACUCUCACAUCUCUAGGCCCAAACUGAAGAACAUUGACCGGAGCACCGCCCAGCAGCUAGCCAUAACGGUGGGGAACGUGACAGUCAUCAUAACGGACUUUAAGGAGAAGACCCGCUCCUCGUCCACAUCCUCGUCCACUGUGACGUCCAGCUCCGGCUCCGAGCAGCGGCACCAGAGCUCCGGCUCCGAGAGCAUGGACAAGAGCUCGUCUCGCGCCUCCACCCCCAAAGGAGAGCUCUCUGUGGGGCAUGACGAGUCCUUCUGAGCCCUACAGUCCAGGUGCUCCAAGAGGACUCUGUGGAUCGGAUCCCUUAGGGGGAGAUAUUUCACCUUCCUACCACUGCCUCUCCCCCUGCCUCCGCCUUCAUUCCAUCACCGUCCCUGGAUGCUGAGAGAGCUAGCUGAUUGGAGCCGUCUGAUUGGAGCCGUCUGAUUGGAGCAGCCCAAGGCGUGCGUCUGAUGGAGAAACGUCCAAUCAUGGGUACACGUUGAGCAUGGCCCAGGCGGGAGAGUGGGGCUGACGGGAAUAGCGCCCCCCCUGGUGGCAUCCUGACACUUGUAUGUAUUGUUUGAUAUUUGUACGUGGACGUGUGGCCGACAUUUUGUUUUUGUGUAAAGAAAUGAUCUGCUGUGCACAAUAACCACCAUCAUUUUAACAACUGAAACAUUAUGACCCUUAUUUAUUAGUUGUUGCACCCGUAUACUUUGAGAGACUUUUCUUUUGUUGAAGCUUUGCUGUGUAGUUGUACCUAUCUCUCCCUUUGACACUUGUUUUGAUGGUUGAACUGGUAGGAUGGGACAAGACUUUUGAGACCACUACACACUGGUGCUACAUCGAUACACUGUGAAACAGUUUCCGACGUGGGACUGUCAUUCACACGAUCCAACAAAGUGCUAAUAACCCAGAAAUGUUCUCUCACGCUCUUACACUCUCACUCUGAUUUUAGUUUGGACCUCCAUGUGGUCUUUCAGGUUGAUAUGUAGAGGUCAAUGUGCAGCAUAAAAAGUUAACUUGCUUGGUUUGAUUUGAAGGUCGUACAAUGUCAACUCAACACACACCCAAACCUUUGCUUCUAGCUUUCUUUGUCUAUGAUUUAGUCUGAUAUAUAGCUUAUAUCUUAUACAGUCAGUGUCUCCUGUCCUUAACUGUAUAGUGUAGGCUAUUGUGAAAAACACUAAAGUUGUUGAUGUUUUUGCAUUCCGUCGAUUCAGUAUUGGUUAGCCAGUUGAGGGAAGGUGUGGUACCUUCUGCUUUGAGACAGGUUUAUUUCUGUAAUGACUGAAGGAAAGGUACAGUGGCUUGCGAAAGUAUUCACCCCCCCUUGGCAUUUUUCCUAUUUUGUUGCCUUACAACCUGGAAUUUA